AAUGAAAGUUCCUACAUCAUAAUAAAGGAUAUGACGCACUUCUGUCAAACACAAACAAAUUCGCCUGUUUGAGAAAAAAUGUAAUAAAUCAAUCGGUUGAAAGAAAAUUCAUUUUAUUUUAUUUUAUGAAUUCGUUGUUGUUUAUUCGCCUUUGGUGAAAAUUGUCAUCGUCAGAAGAAUGGAUGAGUUUGACGGGCCGGGAAAAAUCAUAAGGGCCAGGUCUUUGAAGAGGGGCAAAACUGAAGAGAGAAUUACCGAUCGGAUCAAACUCGAAAGAGUAUUAGGAGUAACCGUUUCAAGUAAUGCAGCUUUAACAAGUGAUAACAAUGGACUGAUUGCUUAUCCAGCAGGGUGUACAGUAGUUCUCUUCAACACCAGAACUGAACAGCAAAGCCACAUUAUCAAUACCUGCAGAAAAACUGUAACGUCACUGGCUUUCUCAUCAUGUGGGCGAUAUAUUGUCACAGGAGAAUGUGGGCAUCAACCAGCAGUAAGGAUAUGGGAUCUACAGUCAGAUCCUCAAUCUGGGCACCCCGGUUUAGCUCCGCAACCACAACAAGUCGCCGAAUUUCUAGUCCACAAAUUUGGUAUCAACUGCGUCGCCUUCUCACCCACUGGCAAAUACGUAGUUAGCAUAGGAACUCAGCAUGAUAUGAUAGUGAACGUCUGGGAUUGGAAAAACAAUAUCAAAGUAGCUAGUAACAAGAUCAGCACGAAAGUUAAAUCGAUAGCUUUUGCUGAAAAUGGCAGCUAUUUUGUUACUGUUGGUAACAGACAUGUCAAGUUUUGGUACUUGGAACACGGAAAUGCAAAGUACAAAGAUACAGUACCACUCAUGGGUCGAUCAGCCAUAUUGGGUGACCAAAGGAAUAACUAUUUCUGUGAUGUAGCUUGUGGGAAAGCGGAUUCCGCUGAUAGUACAUAUGUAAUUACUAGGUCAGGACUGCUCUGCGAAUUCAAUAAUAGAAGACUUUUAGAUAAAUGGGUAGAAUUAAGGACUUCAAGUGCCAACUGUAUUACUGUAGGUGAGAAAUAUAUUUUUGUGGGAUGUGCCGAGGGUAUUAUUAGGUGUUUUGAUCCUGCAACGCUUAGAUUUGUUACAACUCUUCCUAGAAAUCACUAUUUGGGUGUAGAUGUUAGUCUCGGAACAAGCAUACAACAUAUGGCUACACCACCACCCGAUGCCAAAUAUCCUGAUACUGUAGCCAUAACUUUUGAUGAAACUAAUAAUAAACUAACUUCCGUUUACAAUGAUCACUCUAUAUAUGUUUGGGACGUCUUCAACAUACAAAGGGUAACUAGCCACUCGCACCAGCGAAACGUCAGGAAUCACUCCGCAUGCAUUUGGGGAGUUGAAAUGGCACCUCCAAAUAGCCCCUUACCGCCCGGCAGUUUUCUUACUUGCAGUUCAGAUGACACCAUUCGAGUAUGGACACUCGACAAACUCAACGAAAACAAUUCCAAAGGAAUGUAUCAGUCAAAUAUAUAUAGUAAUGAAUUGUUGAAAGUUGUAUAUGUAGAUAAGGAUUUAUCCUUUAUAAAAGACUUGGAUAUUUCUGGGACAACGGAAAAACAGGAAAACACUUCUUAUGAUGGAAGAAAUGGGGUUAGAUGUAUCAGAGUCAGUCCGGAUGGUAAACAUUUAGCUUCUGGAGAUCGAGCAGGAAAUAUUCGAAUCCAUGAUUCCACAACCAUGAAGGAACUUAUCAAAAUCGAAGCUCAUGAUGCAGAAGUUCUCUGUUUGGAGUACUCAGAUACCAGUCUCAAUUUGAUGGCUUCUGCCAGUCGAGAUCGUCUCAUUCACGUAUUCGACAUGAAAGAAAGGUACGAAUUUCUCCAAACAUUGGAUGACCAUUCAUCCUCCAUAACUGCUGUUCGGUUUUUGAAUCACGGAGGAAACACACAAAUGGUUUCUUGCGGAGCCGAUAAAAGUCUGAUAUUCAGAACUCUUGGAGAGCUGAAUGACAAGCCUCAAUUCAUAAGGGCCAACAAUGCCACCGGAAAAACGACAUUAUACGACAUGGAAGUAGAUACAGGUCAGAAACACGUUCUUACAGCUUGCCAGGAUCGGAACGUUAGGAUUUAUAGUGUUAAUACAGGGAAACACACAAAGAGCUUCAAAGGUAGUACCGGAGAUGAUGGAACACUGAUAAAGGUUGUUUUAGACAGAUCCGGAAUUUACUUAGCAACCUCUUGUACAGACAAGUCUCUCUCAGUGUACGAUUAUUACUCGGGUGAGUGUAUGGCAACAAUGUGUGGUCAUUCUGAGUUGGCCACCGGAUUGAGAUUCACAAACGACUGUCGCCGAUUGAUCUCAGCGAGCGGAGAUGGAUGUAUUUUUGUAUGGAGAGUUCCUCAUGACAUGGUAGUCACAAUGCACGCCAGGCUCAGUCAACAGGCAAUGAGACAGGGCAAGCAACUGGAACAGGAAAUGUUUAGCGACAGUAGCACUUUUGAUUUUUAUGAUGGUGUCAACACCAUUGAUACUAAUUAUAGAUUCAGUAUAGGCCAGCUUCCGCAGUGGGCGAAGAAGCAACUCACUGAAGAUACUAGUCAGCCAUCUAGUCUGAACAAAGGUGUGGCAAUUCCAAAAGGCAGAUGGGCUCAAAGAGCUGAAAAUGCAAUGGGUGUCAAAUCAUUCUAUUCCAACAGCUCAUAUCCUUUUCCUCCAACAGAUCGCCGAUUUGACUCUGAUGGUGGCUCAAAAGAUAGCUCAUUGGAUAGUGGAACUGAGAUCAAAAACUAUUCAGAGUCUCGACGGGAAAUUGUAUCAGUAUCAAAGCUGACUACAAGAGUGGAAACUAGGAGAGGAGUAAUGACUGAUGAUAGCGCUAUAGGUGACGCAGAAUCUACCGCACAUGAUGGCGAUAUAGAUUCUGAUAAUGAUUAUAGGCAUCGACCAAUAUAUUACCCUACUCAAACAGGAUCACAAAGCGGUGGGGAAUUCACUGUGACGAACAUAGAUGCAGAUGAACUAAGAAAAUCCCAGCGUAAGAAAAAAGCUCCACAGAUUGUGAUUGCACCCACAUCUACCUGUGGUAGUAAUGAUUCAGACGAUGACGAUGAUGAGGCUUCCACACCUAGUGGGGAAAAUACAGACAGAAAUCCCAUGUCUCUAUUUUCUUUGAGUUCAGAAUCCUUAGACCAACUUGUAAGUCGCGAAAGGUAUCUUCAGUCAACAUUUGAAAGUAUGUCUGGUAUGGAGAAUGAAGUACAAACGCCAACAAAUAAGUCCUCAAUAUCAUCCAAAUUUUUGACACAAUCUGUUGAAAGAAAUCAGGAAGCCAUCAAAGCAGUUAAACAAACAAAAAAUGAUCCUGACGCCAUAAGAAAAAGACAAGAACUGAACAAGAGAGUAGCUGAAACUAGAAAAAAAUUAGAAAGUGUGGGCCAUUCAAGUCCUUUGAAAUAUAGCCAGUCAAUUCAUGAUCUUUCGCACAUACCAGAGCGUGACAGAUGGUCAAAAAAACAAGUCUAUGUGGAUGAAAGCUCCCCAGAUAGCAGUUUGCGUAGAUCGUGCAGCUUGAGCGAUUUAAGUAUGCCUCUUGUGCCAAAGAGGAAAAUUGAACAAGUUUCAGGCAAGAAGAAUUCUAAUAAUGUGUCUCGAAAUAACUCCAGAUAUGUCAAAAACAAUUCAAUCACAAGGAGUAGAUCCAGCGGGGUUCUAAAUCACUCCGAUUCUGAUCCAGAAACUCAAGAAAAGAAGGUUUCGAGGUUGAUGAGGCCAACUAUAAGUUCGUACAAUAAGGUCAACAACAAAACAUUGCAGAGUCGUAAAAAACAUUCAUACUCUACAAGUAAUUUGAAUACAGUUGGAACAGUAGACAACAUAUCAACUUCAGACGAAGAGUCUCCCACUGCUCCUCCUAGAAAUAGACAAUUAACGUUUGACAAAAGUACUCCUUUAGCAACGCCAAGAAGACAUCUCAACAACAAAGAAAAAUCUCGAGCUAAAAGACAUACUAUUCAUUUUGAUGACACUCUAACUAAUGAGGAUUUCGACUCUAAUGAAAGCUUCUCAUCUGUAGAAAUAUCAAAUCAGCUCUGCGAUGAUCUGGUGGACCAGCUUACAAAUACUGCAGAAAAUGUAGUGAAACUUUAUGACAGGUUAAAUGAAGGUGAAGACAGCAGUGAAUCUCAAAUUGAAAGGCUCGACAGGGUGAAGAUGUCGAUGAUUCGUACCCAUAAAAUUCUCCAUGACUGUAUAUUUAAGGAAUUGAAACAAAAUAAUGGAAGCAUUGAUGUUAAUCAAACAGAUACUGUCAAGAAACUAAAUGAUUUGGUAUCUAAAGGUCCGAGUGGACCUAACUCUGUUAUAUCAAUAAUGGAACAGUACUCUGAUAUAUUGUUAGAUAUGGUUCAACAGAAAAUACAUAAUGCCAAUAUUUGAUAUUCAUUGAGCGUUAACUUUGAGUUAAUGUGUUAACCUGUGAUUUUUUUUUAUAAUUUUUUAGUGUAUAUUUUUAUUUCUAAGUUUGAAUAUUUUUAAGAAACUUUUUAACAUGUUUGUUUUUCUUUUUAUUGUUUUUGUGUGUUGAUUUUGUAAUGAAUUAGGAAGGCAUUUAGCCUUGAAAUGAGAGCAUUCCAAAAAACAUGGCUGUUGAGAGUGACUUGUACUGAUGAUGAAAGUGAGCCAAAAAAUUAUACAUGGAUAUUGCAAGCCAUGUUUUUAGCGCCAAAUUAGAUGUUAGUAAAUGAAAGGAAUUUUGAUGUAAAUGUGGAAUUGUUAAUUUGUGCUUCCCUAUCAAAGUACAUACUAAUAUUUUUUUGUAAAUUUACAGUGAUGCAUAUAGUGUAAAAUGAUUAUGUUGAAACAAUGAUGAGAAUAAUUUUUUUAUGUAUAGUAUAUAUUAUUUAAUAUCUAACGUUUAAACAGUGUUUUUAUUAACGUUUUUAGCAUAUGCAAUAUGUCAAUUUUUAAUGUAAGCUCAUAAUGUACACUAAAAUUUGUAACCCUCAGACUGUAUUAAUUGAUUGUAAUUUCAUAUUAAAUUGGUACCUCAUUAAACUUUCAGAUUUUUCAUCUGUAAUAAACACA